CAGACUUGUGCGUAAAGAAGGAGGGCGCGGCCUCUCUCCAAGAUGGCGACGACCAUAGACAACAGCAAUGCCGCUCAGGCCACCAAGAAGAAGCACCUGGGCAUCCCGGAGGCCGUCUUUGUGGAGGAUGUGGACACGUACAUGAAGCAGCCGGGCAAUGAGACGGCCGACUCCGCCCUGAGGAAACUGGACGAACAGUACCAGAAAUACAAAUAUAUGGAGCUCAACCUGUCCCAGAAGAAACUCAGGUUGAAAAAUCAAAUUCCUCAAAUCACACAGACACUAGAAAUCCUCUGGCACAUGCAGAAGAAAAAGGAGACCACAGACCUGAUGGAAACUCACUUUCUUUUGGCUGAUAAUGUUUACUGCAAGGCCUCCGUCCCUCCCACUGAUAAAGUCUGCUUAUGGUUAGGAGCGAACGUGAUGCUGGAGUACGACAUAGAUGAGGCUCAGGCUCUUCUCGAGAAAAAUCUGUCGACCGCCUCCCGAAACCUCGAAACUCUGGAGGAGGACCUGGACUUCCUGCGCGACCAGUUCACCACCACCGAAGUCAACAUGGCACGAGUUUACAACUGGGACGUGAAGAGACGAAGCAAAGAAAACCUCCUGAAAUCAGCGGAAAAGUCUUAACUCCAGAAACUCCAAUGACACAAAAGAUUUCUGUCAAAUCCCGUCUUCAUAACAGCCCCAAAUCGCAUGUUACGUCCUGAGCUAAUGCACAGACAGUGAAUCAUCAUCUAAAGAGUUAAAACUGCACUAUGUAACAUUCCUGGUGGACGGAUUGCCUGUUGCUUGUUUCCAUGGAGAUGUUAUUGUUUCCUGGAAUGCACCACAGAAUGGCAUUAGACUUUUCUAUCUUGCAUUUAUUCAAUUACAGGUGCUUUCAUUGCAAAAACGUGCAAUACCAUUUGGCAUCACUCCUUCAUGGACUUUGAUCAAUUUAAUGCCAUACUAUGGAACAUUCUAGGCAAGGCAGUAACCUAGCAACCAGCAGCAUCAGAAAAGUUACAUAGUGUGUUUGGUUUGUCUGGUUUAGCAAAUUAAAUGCUACUGAUUGAGAUUAGAAUUCACUGUCUUUAAAAUUUUAGCUCAACUCUACAAUCUCAUUGCAAUCGUUUUUGUUAUUUACUUUUUAAAAUAUUUUUUCAAGUAAAAGAAAAUGCUACGAAAAGAUUUUUGUAUCGUUUUAAUACUUUCAAUAAUUAAUAGUUUUCCUUCUGUCUGCAUAUUUUCAGCAUUCUUCUUUCUAUCUGGUUAAAAACUAACAUCAAAUUAAUCUAGUUUGUUUGGUUUUAGUUUCUUCAUAAUAUUUGAAAUCUCAGUUUCUCUGUUGUCAUGUCGGCGAUCUUGGAUCCCUGUGCCCCUCCUCUCAGUCUCUUUCUCUUUCUGUCUGUUCUCUUCGCCGCUGUUCAAACUGUAUUUAUUUGUCUCAUUAAAUGAAGAAUGAAGUAAAAGAACGUUUGGGCAAAGCGAUCAAAA